GGAUGCGGGCGCACAGAGCAGCCUGAAAAUGGCUCUCCAUUGGAUUUAUCCAUCCCUUCUCACCGUUUUCUUGCUCAUACCUACCCAGGCCUUACGGAAUUAUCCGGACAAUGAAGUUACUCUGCUAGACUCCAUGUCCGCCCUGGGAGAUCUGGGCUGGGAGGCAUACCCUGCUGAAGGGUGGGAGGAGAUCAGCGUGAUGGACGAGAGGAACACGCCCAUGCGGACCUACCAGGUGUGCAACGUGAUGGAGGCCAAUCAGAACAACUGGCUGCGGACCAGCCACAUCCCACGCGACGGCGCCCAGCGCGUCUACAUCGAGAUCAAGUUCACCCUCCGCGACUGCAACAGCCUUCCCGGGGUGCCGGGCACCUGCAAGGAGACCUUCAACAUGUACUACUACGAGUCCAACAACGGCAACCUGUGGUUCAUCAAGGAGAGCCAGUACGUGAAGAUCGACACCAUCGCAGCCGACGAGAGCUUCACGCAGGUGGACGUGGGCGACCGGGUGAUGAAGCUCAACACGGAGGUGCGGGACAUCAGCAACCUGAGCAAGAAGGGCUUCUACCUGGCCUUCCAGGACGUGGGCGCCUGCAUCGCGCUGGUGUCGGUGCGCAUCUUCUACAAGAAGUGCCCGCUGACGGUGCUGAACCUGGCGCGCUUCCCCGACACGGUAACAGGCGGGGACUCGGCCCUGGUGGAGGUGCGCGGCUCCUGCGUCAACGACUCGGAGGAGUUUGAGGCCCCGCGCAUGUACUGCAGCGCCGACGGCGGCUGGCUGGUGCCCAUCGGCCGCUGCGUCUGCCAGGCAGGCUUCGGAGAGCACGAGGGACGCUGCCAGCCCUGCAGGUCGGGAUUCUACAAGGCCUCGGCCCUGGACGCCUACUGCGUGAAGUGCCCCCCCCACAGCCACUCCCCCCAGGAGAGGGCCUCGGAGUGCGCCUGCGAGAAGGGCUACUACCGUGCCGAGCUGGACCCCCGCUCCAUGGCCUGCACCAGACCUCCCUCAGCCCCCGAGAGCCCCAUGUCGACCAUCAACGAGACCUCUGUGACGUUGGAGUGGAGCCCGCCCCGGGGCAGCGGCGGCCGGGGGGACGUCACUUACAGCGUCCACUGCAGGAAGUGCCCGGAGGACGGCAGGAAGUGCGGCCCCUGCGGCAGUGGGCCCCACUUCAUCCCCCGUCAGUUCGGCCUGUCCCUCCCCAAGGUCCAGGUCACAGACCUGCUGCCCCACACCAACUACACCUUCAGCAUCGAGGCUCUGAACGGCGUGUCCGACCUGAGCCCCAAUCCCCGCCAGCUCGUCUCCGUCAACAUCACCACCAGCCAGACAGUGAGUGUGAUCCUGAAGGAGAGGAAGAGCAAAGACAGCAUCACUCUCACAUGGCAGGGGCCAGAGAGGGCCAACGGGGCCAUUGUGGAGUACGAGGUCAUCUACUACGAGAAGAACCAGAGAGAUCAGAACUACACGGUCCUGAAGACCAAGUCCAAUGUGAUGACUGUGGACGGACUGAAGCCCGGCACCACCUACGUGUUCCGGGUGAGAGCCCGUACGGACGGCGGCUACGGGACCUACGGAGGGGAGAUUGAGCUAGAGACCAGUCACGAGGACAUGCUAGCCAUUGGAGAUCCCAACCAGUCCACCAUUUUGGCUGUGUCCAUCGCAGGAGGCAUCGUGCUGCUGGUUCUCUUGGUGGCAUGCUUUGUGGUGAGCGGGAGACACUGUGGGUACAUAAAAGCCAAGCAGGACCCUGACGAGGAGAAGAUGCAGUUUCAGCAUGGAAGAGUCAACCUCCCGGGUAGCAGGACAUACAUUCACCCUCACACGUACGAGGACCCCAAUCAAGCCAUCCGAGAUUUCGCCAAGGAGAUCGAUGUCUCCAGCAUCCGUAUCGAGCGAGUGAUAGGCGCAGGCGAGUUCGGGGAGGUGUGCAGCGGGCGACUGAAGCUGCCCAGCAAGCGGGAGAUCUACGUGGCCAUCAAGAGCCUGAAGGCGGGCUACUCGGAGCAGCAGAGACGGGACUUCCUGAGCGAGGCCAGCAUCAUGGGCCAGUUCGACCACCCCAACAUCAUCCACCUGGAGGGAGUGGUCACCAGAUGUAAACCGGUGAUGAUAAUUACAGAGUACAUGGAGAACGGGUCCUUGGAUACCUUCUUAAAGAAACACGACGGCCAGUUCACGGUCAUCCAGCUGGUGGGCAUGUUGAGGGGCAUCGCGGCCGGCAUGAGCUACCUCUCGGAGAUGAACUACGUUCACAGGGACCUGGCCGCGCGGAACAUCCUGGUCAACAGCAACCUGGUGUGCAAGGUGUCCGACUUCGGCCUGUCCCGCGUGCUGGAGGACGACCCCGAAGCGGCCUACACCACCAGGGGGGGGAAGAUUCCUAUUCGUUGGACGGCGCCAGAGGCCAUCGCCUACAGGAAGUUCACCUCCGCCAGCGACGUGUGGAGCUAUGGCAUCGUCAUGUGGGAAGUCAUUUCCUACGGGGAGCGCCCUUACUGGGAGAUGUCCAAUCAGGACGUGAUAAAAGCGAUCGAUGAGGGGUACCGCCUGCCCGCCCCCAUGGACUGUCCGGUGGUCCUGCACCAGCUGAUGCUGGACUGCUGGGAGAAGGGCCGCAGCGACCGGCCCAAAUUCGGACAGAUCGUCUCCUCUCUGGACAAGCUCAUCCGUAACCCCAGCAACCUGAGGCAGCUGGCCAACAGUUCCAUCUGGGAUGACCCACCGACACCGGAACCCAGCUUCAGCACGGUGGAGGACUGGCUGGAGUCCAUCAAGAUGGGUCAGUACAAGGAGCACUUUUCUGGCGCGGGCUACAUCACCUUGGACUCCGUGCUCUAUGUCAACAUCAGUGACUUGGGAAGGAUGGGUGUGGUUCUGGCCGGGCACCAGAAGAAAAUCCUCAGCAGCAUACAAAUCCUGCAGACACAACAAGGAAAUCACAUUCACGUAUAACCCCCUCCCACCGUCACCAUGACCCCUUUGCCCCGGCCCCUCUCCCCCAGGGAAAAGAGCCUCCAUGCUUGUGUCCCGAUUGUGUCUUUUUUCGCCAGCCGUCCCGCGUUCCAUUCAUCCGUCCAUCUGUCCCUGCACGCAGAUCCUCAGUAAACCCCCCGACGGGGGUAGUGACCAGGGACCGGGUGAGAGAAACGGUCACUCUGAACAAAAAAAAAAAAAACCCUAAAAAAAACAAAGACAUUUACUAGUGCUGCUUGUGCAGGUUUGUGUGAAAUUGUGCGUACAUCAUGCGUUGCUGUUUAAUCUGGUUGUUUUGCUUUGGGGUUUUUCAUGUUAUUUACCUCAGAAGUAAGGAAAUCUUGUCUGUACGGAGCAGUGUUUUUAAAGUGUGCACUGUUCGUCUGUUCAGAAGUGAAAUUUCAAACUUCAAACUCUCCAAGGGACCAGAUCACACGACAACCAAUGGGAUACAAAUAACCUUAUCUCAUGCCUGACCUGAUUACAUGAGGGUGCAGAUUCUUUUAUUUCAUUUCUUUAUUUCUUCUACUACCACCCUACUUUUUCAGUUCCAAAAAGGUCAACUCAUUUUCACAGGUCAGAAUAAACCGCUGCUGUGUGUAUAUAUUCACCCCAUGUAUGUACAGUAAUACCUCCAGAUACCCUUGUUUAGAGGUUGCCAUGAAAUAAGGAUGAAAGAGGUAUGUGUGGAUAUAAGACCCCCACAGUCAGUGACUUAUAGAGUACCAAGUCUGCUCCUACAAAUCCUGCCCAAUCCAAACACUGUCCUCUGGUCGCAGCCAGAUGGUACCCUAGCUUUCCCCUGUGCCGUAGGGAGGGGACAGGCUGGCCUGUGUUGAGAGGGAACAGAGGAAGCCAGGUUACCGAACAGAGGAAGCCAGGUUACCAAACACAGGAAGCCAGGUUACUGAACAGAGGAAGCUGGAUCACCAAACAGAGGAAGCUGGGUCAUCGAACAGAGGAAGCUAGGCCACCGAACAGAGGUAGCCAGGUUACCGAACAGAGGAAGCUGGGCCAUCGAACAGAGGAAGCCAGUCCACCGAACAGAAGAAGCCAGGCUACCGGACAGAGGAAGCCAGAUUAUCGAACAGAGGACGCCAGGUUACUGAACAGAGGAAGCCAGAUUAUCGAACAGAGGAAGCCAGGUUACCGAACAGAAGAAGCCAGGUUACUGUACAGAGGAAGACAGGUUACUGAAUAGAGGAAGCCAGAUUAUCGAACAGAGGAAGCCAGGUUACCGAACAGAAGAAGCCAGGUUACCGAACAGAAGAAGCCAGGUUACUGAACAGAGGAAGCCAGGUUACCGAACAGAAGAAGCCAGGUUACUGAACAGAGGAAGACAGGUUACUGAAUAGAGGAAGACAGGCCACCGAACAGAUGAAGCUGGGUCAUCAAACAGAAGAAGGCAGGUUACCAUACAGAGGAAGCUGGAUCACCAAACAGAGGAAGCCAGGUUACCAAGCAGAGGAAGCCAGGUUAUAGAACUGUGUCCCAUUACACCAGUCAGUGGUUUUGGAGCUUCACCAUCCUUCACCGACAGGCUGUCCGGCCAUGGCUCCCCCUUUAACAUGUGUCCCUCCCUCUCCAGCUGUGCUCCCUCCCCCCCCGCCCAAGCCUUAGGGCCCCUAGAAUCGACACCACCUUUCAGCCCACUCUCGACGGCCCUGCGUGUACCUGUAGGAAAUGGAGAGCGUAGCAACUGGAUCAACCCUGCACUUAGUGGCAAUAUCUCCCCGGAAUGGAAUGUAUGUCUCUUUGGGACAACGCACUUUGUCCCAGUGUUGCUGUCUCGUCCAGUCCACUCACUCAUGGUCCCCACUCAGAAGAAGUUUCAGUGCUUCCAGGUUAAACACAGAUGUGAGAGUAAACCAGGUCAAGGACAUAUCAAGGGAAACAAAGAACGAUUUUGUAUGAAGUUUAUGCAUCUGUGAGUGUGUUUUGGCAUGCACGCAUUGACGUGCGUGCAUGUGUGUGGUGAUUGGUUCUAUAUACAGAAAGGUUUGCUUGAAUAAUUCUUGAACAUUGUCCAUGGCCUGCACAGAAUAGAAUGUAUAUUUGUUGUAAAAGUGUGUGGCCUCGUGUCGUGUUCAGUUCUCCACUGUCAAUUUCCUCACAGUUUUACAGACAGUUUCCGUUCUGUUGAUUCCUGGAAAAAAUUAAGGGAAAACGAAUGGACUUCAUCACAUCUGAAGAGUGCAAUGUGACACAUAGCAUAUUUAAUGAUGCUUACUGAAGUCUUUCAUAACUGAAGCAGUCUAGGAGGUUUAUGUGGAGUGUGCAGCCAAGCCACAUCCAUCCAUUUUUUUCCCCCCACCACACAAUAGAGCACCAUAUCUUAUCAUGACAAAGAAGAUGUUACCAUACCCGACUUCAAGACUUAAAAGGAAAAAAAAAGAUUGUACCAUAGUGUAAAAAUGUACAGUGUUGACUUAAAACUCUAGAAUGUUUGUAAGUAUGAACUUUUCUUUAGAACGAAGAGAAAAUCUAGCUAUGAAUUAAGGCUAGACAACCCCCAUCCCCACCCUUCCCUCCCUCCCGCCAAGCUUUGAUGUUGGAGGAGCGCUGAUGUGUGAAUUUAGCAUGGAUGCUAAGCCCUGUCUGUCUGUUGAAAAAUCCUGGUGAUGUGUCAGACUCUCCCAUUGUCCACUGUCGCAUUGAUUCUGACGCAAUGAUGUCACGGUGCCGCAGGAACUGCCAUGAGACCGUUAGCAUGCUAGCUGGGAGGCGAUGGCGGCUGCAGUUUUCCUGAAGCGCUCGACCAACCUUCCCAACAUUCGGGCGCCUCGCCGGCAAGGGAACAAUAUCAUUACUCAUAUAUGUGAAACCCCUAAACGUCAUCACUGACUUAAAGCCCAGAGAUAUAUACAGUGUACACUGUAUAUGUCCAUGCAUUUAUGCUGACUUUGCAUGAGGUUCUCCGUUCCAACCCCUAACUUGAUUUGCAGGGAUGCGCUGAAAGGCUGUAUUAUUAAAGGUUGGUUCGAUAAGGAGCAGGGCACUGGUUUAUUCCGAGAGGCAAAAAAAGAGUUUAUGAAAUAUAGAUAUGACUAUGAUUUGUGUGUAAAAAAAAUAAACUCCAAGCUGUAAGCUUUGCAUGCUGCUCUGGGAUAAGGUCGAGCAUAUUUCCGCUGGCUACAGCUAUAGCAAGACAGCACAAUCUCACCGCCAUAGGUCAGAGGUCUCCUGUCUGCUCCGGGUCCCGCCAUGGACUGUAUUCAUCGGAAAAUAAUGAAUAAAUAAGGUCGGAAAAUUAUCGCUCACACAAAAAAAAAAUCAUGAUCAAGGUGUUGCUAUGGUUACCUUGGCAUCCUGCUCUCACACAAAAACAAAAGAGGCACUAAUUCCGAAUUUAUACCAGAGAUAAAAUGAAAGGGGGAAAUAUCCUAUUAAUCAGACACAUUUGAGAUGAUGAUAAUGGAGCAUAAUGAUAAUUAUUAUUAAUUAUUCAUUUUUGUUGGAGAAAGCAGUGGAUGCCUUAUUUCUCCUGGCAGUAAUGAAUGUAUUUAUCUGGAGUAUUUAUAUAGAUAAGGCCUUCACUGCUAUCUAUACGCUUGGCACGUCUGCCCUCCCUUCAGCUAGUGGGUGCUAAUUCAUUGUGAUCUCCUCUAAAUUGCCAAAUUACUGGAGCAUAAGUGUCUAUUCAUACCCUUGGUUUUCCAAACAGCAGCAACAACAAUGAAUAAUUAAUUACAAAAAUGCAAAAUGGAUGUAAUGAAGAGGCACAAUCAGAGCUUCUCAGGCUUUCCUGAAAUUUAUUCCCCAACAAUUUGCAUUCAGAAACGAGCUGAUCACGGUUACCCCAUUUUAUGAUAAAGUAUUGAAAUGCUGAGAUACUUCACCAUGAUAUUUGUGCGCGAACUUUCCAUGUUUCCGUUUUCAAUGUGUAAACCAUCUUGUGAAAUGCAUAUUUUAUGGGAAUUAAUUUUAAAUUCACGCCAAUGAUAAUUUUCCGGUUUGUUCACAUUCUGCUAUCAUAUCAAAGAGCCUGGUUGGUUUCCUUCAAUUUUUACAAGAUAAAGUUGGGUAACACUGAGAUGAGAGUGUGGGUGUGUGUUGAUAUGUACGCAGAGUGAUUUUCUUCCUUGGUGUAAUGAGACCAAAUUGUUACCAUCUGCUCCUUUGGGAACCGGUUCAAAUGAACAGGAAUGCCAGACAUGUUAUCAAAGAUGGUAGUCCAAGAAGAAGGACUGAAGGCACUCUUUUUACAAUUUAUUUAUACAAACAUAGCUAAAUAUAGUGAUGGAAAUGACCUGAGGGCUUGACAGCUAUGGUUCAGAUUCAGUUCCAGUCAGUGUCUCCUUACUGUCGUUCAUGCGAAUGUGAUUCACAGGCUGGCCCAAGACUACAAACAGCGACAUUGGGAAGGAAAACAAAAACCAAUCAGGCCUGAAAUAGACGGCAGUCGAGGGAAUUACCCAGAAUCACCCCAGGUAACUAGAUUGUGAUGUAAUGAUAUCAGGGACGGACUAUUCUGCAGAGACUGACAUGCCAUGUCAAGGAUGAAAUCACUCAUUCUACAAACAGUGACCCCUCCCACCUCUGUCAAAUUAGUCAAGUGUUGCUAAAGUGACCAAGUUCCUGCCUCGAAUAAUGCAUUUGAAUUAGCGCGAAAAUAAACAAAAAAAAUCUACGUACAAUAUGGCAUCAUGAUUUAAUGCCAGAUCAUGCUACCAACCAUUCCUUUAAGCAGGGUGAGCGACUAAUGUUCCGCAUUAAAUGUUCACACAUUUAAAUGUGAAAAUGUCAUAUAAAGCCCUCACAGUAUGUUUAUUAUGGUUAUAAUAAAUGUGCAACAUAGGAAACUAUGAAAUUAUAAUUUGACUAGAUCAAACACAGGACUAAAAGACCCUUCAACUGGCCCAAUAAAGAAAAUGCUCUUGCUAUAUUUUCUAAAUAUCACAUCAUUUGUUUUCUCUCUCAGACCCAAGGACAGGAGAAAAGUGGAAAUCCUCAAUCAUAGGUUUUUACAAAAAUAAACCUUUAAAUAACCCCCUGUCGUCAGAUGUUGCACGCUCCUGGUAAAAAUGCAGCACUGCAAAUGCUAUUUAUUUAAACAUGUAUUUCUUUGACUGAUAAAUUCUUGCCUACAGCUGUCAGUAGCUUUGAACAACGAUGACCCGCCUCCCACCUCCAUCCCCAGUAAAGGUUUCAUGGUUCAAUUUUCCUAUUUGGUGUACCCUGUGUCCAUUUGUUUACUCACUGCAGGUUUAUAUGAGCUUGUUAAAGGUGUGUGCAUUUCAACUUCUUCAUGUCGCUGUAAUAAAUAUGCUAAUAUUUUUAAUUUCUCACCUGAA